UGACAAGGAAGGCAGGGAAGCGAAGCAAGCUCCAGCCUCCAGGUCCCCUUAGCUCGGGCAGGGCAAGUAAAUUUACCACAGUGAUGAUAGGUAGAGCUCCGCUACAGUACUUCAAGGACUUACUGCCCCUCUUCCUUGUCCUUCCUCUUCCUCUUCCUCUUCCUCUUCCUCUUCCUCUUCCUCUUCCUCGUCCUCGUCCUCGUCCUCGUCCUCGUCCUUCUCCUCUUCCUGUUCCUCUUCCUGUUCCUCUUCCUCUUCCUUUUCCUCUACCUCUACCUCCCCCCCACCCAAAGUCAAUUCAUCUUCCACCACUCAGCUCAGACAUCCACCCCUCAUAAUGUUUACUGCAAGAACAGCCACGAGAGCAGCAGCUCGCUCAGCGCGGACGCCACUACGAGCUACUCGACAAGUGCGCUUCCAGACUACGAAUCAACAAGCUGCGAAAGCUGGCGGUGCUUCAGGUCUGGUAGGAGGACUUGCCGGAGGGUCUCUGGUGUUCCUGGCUGGCUACGGCUAUUAUCAUUUUUCUGGCGUAAAGUCGAUUGUAAAUGCAGCUUCGACCAGCAAGGCCCAGCUCCAGAAGCUUACCCAAGGCAUUCAAGACUCCGCACCUGAGCCGAAUGAAGCUCUGAAAUGGCUCCGAUCUACAACCAGCCAAUAUGCCGCCUUCAUUCCUGGCGCAAAGCCAUAUGUCGACUCUGCAUUCAAUGACCUCGACAAGGUACAAGCCAAGCAUGGCGAGGAGGUCGAUAAGAUCGUCAAUAAUGCAUACAAGGAGUUAAAGGCGGCUACAAAGUCUGGCCUGAGCAUGGAGACUGCUGUCAAAGCUUGGUCAGUUCUCGAGAAGGCAAUGAGCCAACUCGGAGAACUCGCAAAGGAUUCUGCGGGCGAGAUUAUUGAUGAGCACCCGGAAUUAAAGGAGAAGCUUGGGGGUGGAUUGGACCAGUUGAAAGGAAUGGCUGACUCGUAUGGACCGGAAGCAAAGAAGGAACUCGACCAAACAUAUCAACAGAUCAAGGAUGUUGUCAAGGGUGGCGUUUCGGUGGAGACUGUCAGUAAGAUCAAGAAAUUGAUCGAGGAGAAGACCGAGAAAGUCAGGAAGUUGGGAGACGAGGCCUGGAAGAAGGGUCUCGAACAAGCUAAGCCAUAUCUCGACAAGAGUCCCGAAGUCAAGAAAUUGAUCGAAGAGAAUGCGGAUGCACUUAAGCAGGGCAACAUCGGUGAGAUCUUCGCGAAAGUCAAGGAUGCAGUCUCAUCAGGUAAUAUCGACAGCUUGCAAGAUUAUGUCAAGCAGGCAGGCGAGAAGACCAAGCAGAGCGGGUUCGGAAAGAACAUCGAGCAAUACGCCAAGAUGAUUCCUGGUGCAGACCAGAUCCUCCCAAAGUUGAUGAAACUCCAGGAAGUUGCCAAGACGAGAGGUGAUGAUGCAGAAAAGAUUCUGAAGGAAGCUUUUAAAGAUGUACAGGACGUUCUCACCAAGAAGACCGAUGAGCUGGAGAAGUUGGCGGAUAGUGCGAAGAAGGAGGUAAAGAAGUAGAUUUAAGUUACUUUCAUAGGUAUUGUAAGAUAUGUAACGGGAAAAAGUGUACUACAACGU